AUGUGUUUCAAGAGGAAGAUAGACUCGGAUGUAGCGCUAGCUCUUCAGCUGCCUCAAAUGAUCCACAGGACCGCUUUUUCUGUCCGUCUUCAGCUUCCUCCAAUGAUGCGACAACACGAACCUCCUGCUCAAAUAAUCCUAGUCCAGCUGGUACUAGCAGUGGUACAACAGGUACAACAGCUAUAUCUACGAAGCGGAACAACAGCAAGCGCCGUUUUCCCCUCCCUCAAGCAAAGGCAGUUGUUUCCUUUGAAGACGAAGUGGUGCACAUGCAAAACAAGGCUUCACCCAGGCCGAACUCCCGCCCUGUGA